AUGAAUCUGAUCAAUCAUCAACAUUUGAUAGAGAGAGAAUAAAAUGAUUAAUUAUUAAAAUAGAAUCAAGAACUUCAAUUAACUAUUUAACAAUUAGAGUAGUAGGUUAUUGGGAAUAGAUAACAAUUCAAUAAAAUGAAUCCUAUUCAUUAUUCUAUCUAAGGAACGUCCAAAUAAAAACAAAUCAAAUUGCUUAGAUAAGUUUUUGGAGAAUUCAAGGAUUAAAUCAUACAGAAUCAACUAGAAUAAAAUGUGUAUGAGUAAGCUAAAAAAUUGAUAGAAUAACUACAGGAUUAAGGAACUUUAAAGAUAACCUAGAAUUGUAAAACAGAUUAUCCAAUAAAUAAAUAGAAGAAUAAAGAAGGAAAUAGAGUUUGUUUUCUAGCAGAAUGA